GUAGAAAGCGUACGUACAGUGGUGAUGAUGAUGAGGAUGAUGAUGGAGCUCUGUCUAGUCGACAGUGCUCAUUAUGAUAGUAUCUGACAUUUCCUCUGACAUUGUGCACAUUCUGCUCGCUUCAUACACGAUGUGACUGCGGCUGUCAGUCCCUUAUGACUGGGAUGUGCGUAGCUAGCUAACGUUAGCCUGUUAGCUUAGUGCUCAUCCAUCCAUCCUGCUACAGCGAGAGAGAGCUCGAGCUGCAGCUGGCCAGCAGCUCCCUCUGAUCGGCAGCAGCAGCAACACACAGCCCGGUGUUCUUCUGAAGAGGAGAGGAUGAAGAUGAUGAUGAUCAGGCCUUAAAUAUCAGAUCGGUGUGUUCAGUCAUCAAAUACAGACAUGGCGUCUCAGCUGCAGGUGUUCUCCUCUCCCUCCGUCUCCUCCACUGCCCACUCCCGCUCCAAGAGGCUGAAAGUGGAGAACCCCCCCACCUGGGAAGCCUCCAGCCAGCCGGGGGACAAUGGUUACCUCCAGCAGAGCCCCUCCCAGGGAGCCGCGCCCUCCACCUCCAGCUCCGGAUCAAACUUCAACCCGGUGUACAACUCCAACCAGGGACCCCCCCCGCCUUCAUCCGGCUCCCGGGAGCAGACGGUGGUCCGAGCGGCCGACAGCACAGGUAGCGUACGCGGACUUCCCUCCUCCUCUUCCUCCUCCUCUUCCUCCAGCCGCCGCAUAAAGGAUGCAGAGUCCUCCUCCCUCUACCACAAGCAGCACAGCCUGAAGAGGAAGAGUGAGGAGGUUGACAGCAGCGACAGCGUUCAGAUCCUGGAGGAGCUUUCGGCCCCCGUGGUGUCAAACCGAACGGGUGGAGGAGGAGGGGGAGGGGGGGGGACCACAGCGCAGUCCAUAGCUCACUCCACCUCCACCACCAAGAGCAGCUCCUCCCACAGCGAGGGCGACUACCAGCUGGUGCAGCACGAGAUCCUGUGCUCCAUGGCCAACAGCUACGAGGUGCUGGAGUUCCUGGGGCGAGGCACCUUCGGACAGGUGGCCAAAUGCUGGAAGCGAGGCACAAACGAGAUCGUGGCGAUCAAGAUCUUGAAGAACCACCCGUCUUACGCUCGGCAGGGUCAAAUUGAAGUGAGCAUCCUGAGCAGACUGAGCACAGAGAACGCCGACGAGUUCAACUUCGUCCGCUCCUACGAGUGUUUCCAGCACAAGAACCACACGUGCCUGGUGUUUGAGAUGCUGGAGCAGAACCUCUACGACUUCCUGAAGCACAGCAAGUUCAGCCCGCUGCUGCUGAAGUGCAUCCGGCCCAUCCUGCAGCAGGUGGCCACGGCCCUGAUGAAGCUGAAGAGCCUGGGGCUGAUCCACGCCGACCUGAAGCCGGAGAACAUCAUGCUGGUGGACCCUCUGAGGCAGCCGUACCGAGUCAAGGUCAUCGACUUCGGCUCCGCCAGCCACGUGUCCAAAGCAGUUUGCUCCACCUACCUGCAGUCUCGAUACUACAGAGCUCCGGAGAUUAUUCUGGGCCUUCCUUUCUGCGAGGCGAUCGACAUGUGGUCGUUGGGAUGUGUCAUCGCUGAGCUGUUUUUGGGAUGGCCGCUUUAUCCGGGGGCCUCGGAGUAUGAUCAGAUCCGUUACAUCUCCCAGACGCAGGGCCUCCCUGCAGAGUAUCUACUGAGCGCAGGAACCAAGACCAGCCGCUUCUUCAACAGAGGGCCCGACUCCAGCUACCCCCUCUGGAGACUCAAAACGUCCGCUGAGCACGAGGCGGAGAUGGGCAUCAAGUCCAAGGAGGCGAGGAAAUACAUCUUCAACUGUUUGGAUGAUAUGAUGCAGGUGAACAUGACGAACCUGGAGGGGACGGACAUCUUGGCAGAGAAGGCGGACCGGCGGGAGUUCAUCGACCUGCUGAAGAAGAUGCUGACGCUGGACGCAGACAAACGCAUCACGCCCAUGAAGACGCUGAACCACCCCUUCGUUACCAUGACGCACCUGCUGCACUUCCCUCACAGCUCACACAUGAAAUCCUGCUUCCAAAAUAUGGACAUAUGCAAACGCAGAUGCAGCGCCUUUGAGAACGGGAAGAACAUGUUCUCCAGCAACACCACGUCGAGUGCAGCCGCCAACCUCACCGUGACCUUCAGCAGCCAGCUCAGCCAGCACAGCCAGAUGUCCUCAGCAGGAGCCCAGUCUCUGUCCCUCAGCAGUAACGUCCCGCUGCUCAACUACCAGCCCGGCCUCUACCAGCAGGCCACCAUCAACAUCCCCCGCCCCCCCCAGCUCUGCACCCAGACCGAGCCCUUCCAGCAGACCCUCAUCGUCUGCCCCCCCACCAUCCAGGGUCUCCAGACAUCCAGUAAGCCCUCUGGUUUUCCAGUGAGGAUGGACAGCUCCGUCCCCUUAGGUCCUCAGAACCAGAACUCCCAGUCUCUGCACAUCCAGCCCAGCAUGCUGGCUCAGCAGGGCUGGCCAGCUGGCACUCAGCAGAUCCUCAUCCCCUCCACCUGGCAGCAGAUGCCCGGCAUGGCCCUCCACAACCCGGGGCAGAACGUGGUGCCGGACCCCCCCAUGGGGGCCUCCGACAGUCAACAAGGCUCUGGCUGGAGGGGUCGUCAUGGCAGCCAGUUCGAUGGCGUCGGUCACGCUGCCUCCCAAAGCCACGCUGCCUCCAGACCCCAACAGGGCAAGAGGGCAAAGGCUCGACACGCAGAGAGCAGAGCCAGGCCUGUGUCGUCGGCCACUGUGCUCCAGAACCCUCCUGCUGGUGAUCAGUCUCAGCCAAUCAUCAUCUCCGACACCCCCAGCCCCGCCGUCAGCAUCAUCACCAUCCACAGCGACUCGGAGGACGAGGACGACAGGAAGUUCCCCGCUGGCUGCUCUGGAACGAGCCAGCGGACCAACGUGAUCAGCUGUGUGACGGUGCAUGACUCGGACUCCUCCACCAGCAGCCCUCUGAGUACCAAGACCCCCCCUCUGAGCACAAAGACCCCCCCUCUGAGCACCAAGACGCCCCCGCAGCCCACCCAGCCUCUGGCCGUCAUCGUGCCGUCUGUGAAGAGCCAGCCGGGGGAGAGCUCGGAUCAAGCUACAAGUGGCUCUGGGAAAUCCAAGAAAGCGUCGAGUCGGACCGGAGACUCCAACACUGACCGCCAUCAACGAAACACAUCCAGCAGAUCUCAGCCUCUCAACCUCAGUCAGGUACAGCAGUCUGUGAUGUCAUCUUCCCUCGACCCAACAGGAAGCAGUAUCAUCCUGAGGAGGCAGCCCACCUACCCUCCUCCCGUCUCCUCCCACUCGUCCUUCCUGCUCCACGAGAACCCCCUCUUCAGCUCCGCCCCCAACCUGUACGCCUACCCCGCCUCCGCCGCCCUGGCCUCCGUCUCGCAGGCUGUGGACCAGAUGCAGGGGGGCCGGGUCGGGGGGGCCUUCUCCUCCCUGGCGCUGCUGCAGAAGACCGGCAGCCUGGUGGUCUCUCCGGCACAGUACGGUAACCAAAGCCUCCAGCAGGGGGUGCCGCCUUUUCACCACGCCAGUGCUACUUACCAGAGAAAACUCAACCAGUUCCCCUACCUGUAAACACCAAAUGACCGAGACUAGAGACGAGCACAAGCGGCUUAUUUGACAUUUUCUGUAAACGCAUCUUAUUAUCUUAAAAUGUGUUAAAACUUCGUUAAACAUUUAAUUUAUUUAUAUUUUAAUCAUGGUCUGUUUUAAAAUCUUUUCCAACGUUUUCGUGUUUUUGUGUUGCAUACAUACAGCCAGUUAACAGUUACAGUGCAGUCGGCAAGUAUCUACUUAUUUACAGAUGUGUUGUUGUGUUGGCUCUGCACUCCAAUACAUUAGAUUUUACAAUUAAACAAUAAGUAUAAGCUUAAAGUGCUGACGUUUGGCUCUAAUUGAAGGUUGUUUACACACAGACCAGAUGAAGCAAGUAGGAAUUGUAGCCCUUUUUUGUACAAAGUCCCUAAAUGUUAAGGGACUAAUCAUACAGCUGCAAUUCUACUAUUCCUGGUAGUUUGCGAACAUGUUGAGCCCCAUUUUUUUAUUUUAUUUGAGAGAGAAGUGUUGAGGAGAAACUGGAACUUGACUACUUGCUGUGCUGUCCAAAAAUGUUAUUAUUAAUUUGUAUCUCUAUUGUAAUCUAUAUUAAGUCAGACACCCAAUCGCCUUACCUGUUUAAUCCGUUUCUUGAUUGUUGUUUUACUUUAAUGUCAGCAGAUUGUGAUACGUUAGGCGUUUUAAAGUUUCAUUUAUGAACAUGUGUGUGUGUUUUAUCUGUAUCUGGAGGAAGUCUGAUAAUGUUCUUCAAAUGUUUUCCAUGUUAAUUAUGUUUUAGUGCUGGCUAUAUACUUGAUUAUAUGUAUAUGUUUAGGACAUAACAUUAUAUAGGGUGUGGUAUUACAGUUUUAAAUGUAUUCUUAAGGUUGCAUGGCUCUGACAUGGAGUAGCAUUCAGGAGAGAUGCGUACAAACUGCAUCUGCAUUGAUUUUCAUCGUCGCUUGCAGACAAAUAUACAUGUUAUAUUUAAUUUGUGGGACAAACACAUUAAGGAUAUUGGUAAAUUGUUAAACCUGUGUCUUGUGAAGUGAUGUCUGUGAUAUUAAAAUGUGUGCAUCAAAAUCUGAUCGGGCAUCACACUAUCACAUCCAAGCUAAUGCGUUUAAAAUUGUGAAAAAAAUCUGAGAAAAAGACGAUAUAUAAAAAUACAAAUUGAUGUUCAAUGUGUAACUGCUUAUAAACAAAUCAUUGGUUUGGUGAAAUGGUGGCUUUUGCUGUGUUGUGGAGUGCUACGUUACAUAAAACACUCAAUGGACCUUAACCCGUAUAUACGCAAUAAAAUAUUCUCAAAACAGAA